AUGGUGUUGCGGGUUGCGCUCUUGGGGGGGACGUGCCGGAAGUGUUUGGAGGUGCGGAAGAAGUUUUGUGUUGCUCCGUGUGCUCUGGGUUCAGGCCGCUGCGGCGGGUUAACAACUAAGGGGAUCCUUCGCAUUGGUGUGUUUAGUGUGGAAGUUAAGAGCGGGUCGCAGCUUCCCAUUUCCCCUUUCCCUACAUCGGCUCGGGAGCGCGCCGUGGUUACAGGAUUGCCAGCUCGGUAG